AGACUAGGUAAGUAAACAUUAUUCGUAAAUAAUUUUUAGAGAUUCGUCAUGCAUGCAGCAGAUUAAAACUGUUAGUAUUAACGUAUACUAAAAUUAAAAAUCAUUGGUCCAUAGUGUCUUUGUUCUAAAAUACUUUCGAAUUCAACGUAAGGUUUGAGACGUUCCGAGUGUGUCUCAUUUAUGUAUUGUGAAUAAAAUAUUUAAUGGUUAGUAGGCCUCCUUAUAACUUUUUAAUAAUUUUUUGAACGCUGUUUUCAAACGCAAUUUAUUUAUAAUUAUCUCACCUAAUUUUUGGGCGUAGUUCCAAAGCGGAAGUAUUUCAAAGACUAGACUAACCAACAUGGCAGUUUGACAGCCCAUUGGAAGAGCAGACUUCAAUAGUAGAAUCCGUCAAGUACCAUACGUGUAUGUCAUUUUGGCCUGUUCGACGGUCACGUCGGGUAAAUAGUUGGGAGAGUCCUGCCAUGUCUGUCCUGAACCAGAGCGGAGAGGAGCAGGUGGAGUGUCCCCUCUGCAUGGAGCCCUUGGAGGUCGACGAUCUCAACUUCUUCCCGUGCACGUGCGGCUACCAGAUCUGCAGAUUCUGUUGGCACCGUAUCCGUACAGACGAGAACGGGCUGUGCCCCGCGUGUCGCAAAGCAUAUCCCGAGAACCCCGCCGACUUCAAGCCACUAUCACAGGAGGAGGUCGCCAGGCUAAAGGCGGAGAAACGACACAAAGACCAGCAGCGGAAGCAGAAAAUCACGGAGAACCGAAAACAUCUUGCCAACGUCAGAGUGGUGCAGCGAAAUCUCGUUUUUGUCGUGGGCCUACCGAUGAGACUUGCGGAUCCUGAGGUUUUGAAGAAACACGAGUACUUUGGGAAGUUCGGCAAGAUCCACAAAGUUGUGAUAAACCAGAGCACGUCCUACGCAGGUUCACAGGGUCCAAGUGCGAGCGCGUACGUCACUUACCACAAGGCGGACGAUGCGCUGAGAGCCAUCCAGGCUGUGAACAACAUCUCUGUGGAUGGCCGCACGCUCAAGGCGUCUCUUGGGACGACCAAGUACUGCUCCCACUUCAUGAAAAACCAGCCGUGUCCAAAGCCAGACUGCAUGUACCUCCACGACCUUGGUGACUCGGAAGCUAGUUUUACAAAAGAAGAAAUGCAACAAGGGAAGCAUCAAGAGUACGAAAAAAAAUUACACGACCAGUUACUGAAUGCCUGCAAUAAAGAAAGGAAGCCGACGCCAUCCCCUCCAGCGGUGGCGGUCAGCGGGGGAACCUGCCCCAACAGCACAGGUGGCUUCGGCACGGGCACCGUGCCUUCCGGCAGCGCCGGCGGCGGCUCUUGUGGUGGCUCUGGUCCGUCGAAGGGGGAGGGCGCCCAGCGCCGGCAGAAGUGCGAGCAGCAGUCCUCCAGUAGGGGAAACGGGCACAAAAAAAGGCACACAUCAGGUGAAGAAAACAGAGGCAGGAAGACAAAAGAAAAAUCCCAUAGUUUAUCAGAAGACAACCAACACAAAUUAAAUCACAAACCUGGGUCUGUUCGUCAACAGCCAAGACAUGGUAAAGGCGACUUGUCGCGCGACGGCAACAACUCGCGGACGUCCACCAGCUUGUCGGAAGGGGACGUGGGAUCGGAGUCGUCGGACUGCCCGGAAGCGGAAGGCCUGGGGGAGGCGGCGUCUGCACGGGGGAGGCUGCGAGCGGCCGCACAGCUCUUCGAGUCGGACAACAACAAUUCCUUCUUCUCGGCCAACGGCUUCACCAAAGUGCCGCCGCCCCCUACGACCACCGCGGCCUCGACAACAGGUAGUUCCUCUGACUGGCAGCAGAAUGGACUCGCAGUUACUCACAUGCCGGAUGUCCUGCCUCCUGUACAUUCUUCAGAAGACUGGCAAGCAGCAUUUGGGUUUGCCGACUCUCCAGGCAACACCCCACCGGCAGACGUCGCAGAACUGUCGCAGGUCCCGGGAAACGUAAAGACUGACGAGGUUUGCGAGGACCGGCAGCUAGCCUCGCAAGUUUUCAACGGGCCGAUCGCCCAUUCAGUGUCUUUAGACAGUGUUGUGCCUCCGAAGUUAGUGCAGCGCUCGAUACCUGAAGAUUACAUGGUGCUAGAACAUUUAGGUCACAACGGCAGUUCGCUCGGACCACAGGAUGGUGGGAAAAUCGCCGGCUUGCACUCGAACGGAAACCCUGCAGGUUUUCCCAGCAUCCACACCCCUGCCUUCGUUCAGGAUCCUGGGGUGUUCCUAUUGCGGCAACAACAGAUGCAUCAUCAGUUGCUCGCGGCACAGCAUUUAAUUCCGAACGGUCUGGCUCCGUCACAGGUGGCCAGCAAGUUGCUUGCGGACUUUCACUUGCGGCAACAGGCGCAAGUGCAAGCGUUGCAACAGAGCCAGCAGCAGAUACACUCCCAUUCCAGUUUGGACAGGAAAAAUUUUGUCAAUAACUUCGUAGCAAACGGCACUAGCGUAAACGGUAAGUUUUCCGAGUACGGCGGCAGACCCGACGGUUCCGUUCCGAACGGGUCGGGCUGCGACAAACUGUCAAAUGGGGACGGUGGAACCAAUGAGAAAGAAGGUGCAUUAAACGAAGAAAAAUAUUUGAACUUUGCAAACGUGGAGCGGCUGAAAAGCAACCCGGAAGUGUUUUCGACUUAUUUCGGGGAAGGUAGCGACAGGGUGGUGGUGAAAGAGGACAGGCUAACAGACGACCUGGACUUUGAUCCAUUCCAAGAGACGCAGAAAGCGCUGGCGGAGAUGAUGGAGAAGGAGAACUUGCAGGGGGUCCAGAACGCUCAGCAUCACAACCUCAUCCUGGCACACGGACACGUCCCCCCGCAGAUGUUCCCACAGCACGCACAGCAGUUCGGCCAGCCGCCAGCCUUGCCGACGUUCAGCGGGGGCAGCAAGGUGCUGGCCUCGUUCGCCUCAGUCCAGCACGUCAUGCCUCAGCAGAACCAAAGGCUGCUACCAAAUAUGUCUGUGUCCGGAUGUGCCAAGCUGUUGGAUGGAUUAGCGCUCGCAGCCAGUCCGCCCAACGGCCCGUCCCCAGUCCCGCGACCGCGACUCCCGCCCCCGCCCCCAGGUUUCGCUACCACCCCAAAUCACAUGAAUGCCUUUGGACUCGGUAUUCCAAGGGCACUUACGAAUCCAGGUAGCAAAAUACUGCCGUUCAUGGGCCUCAACAACCAGCCGAACGCGACGAGCAACGGCCCACCGUCCCCCACCGCAGCGCACUCUCAGGCCGCCCUGUUCCAGCCGUCGGGCACCCCGUACGGGCUCCAGAACGGCAGCGGAGGGCUGCUCCUCCCCAACGCCUCAAAGUCGUCCCCAGGCGAGGCGUACACCGCCAGCGACUGGCCGGAGAGCGUCCGUGCCCUGUUGCCCGGCGUUGCCUUCAAUGGCACGAGUGCCUCCGUGGUGUCCUCCCAGGGCGCUGUGUUUGGCGUUCACGCACCGGUGCAGCCAAACUCACAGAAAGCCUGGACGGGCUCCGGGCCUUGCACCGACUGGACGGCGCUGGACCCGGCCAUCAUCCCCCUCCCCUCGCACUGGCUCCAGGACGGGGCCAGCCCACAGGUGGUGUACGCUGGCGGCGAAUGGACCAGCGCCACCCCCGCCCCCGCCUCCCCCGCCGGGCUUCAGCAUGCACCCGCAGGGCAAGCCCACUGACGUCCCCAGCACCGAGAAUAUGUAACGAAAUGGCGGCAUCGUCCUUCACAAGAAUGCAAGAGAGCUGGUACCUUUCGUGUGGAACUUUUGAGAGUUCUUUUUUUUUUUCUCCCAAAAAUCUUACAUAAUAUUUAAGGAAAUUACUUAGAUUACCAGUUGCCUUUCCUGUCUAAAUAAGUCUUAAUGAUGUAUUUAAAAUAUAAAAAAAAAUUAAAUUAAUGUGCACAUAUUUGCUUUCGAUUUUCCUUUGUUAAUGCAAACUAUAUUGCAAUGAAAAAAUUGAGGGAAACAUUCAGCAUCAUGUCUUAAAGAUUGUAUGCAUUAAUUUAUGUUUAAAAUAUUUUAAUACAAAUAAGUUUUUUCUAAUGUUUGGUUUUUGGUUAGACUUUUUGAUGAAUGUUAAUAAAGAAACAAUUUUUUUUAUUGUUUAAAACAAAAGUUCAUUUGAAACUAUUUAGAGUACUAUAAAAAAAGGAGUAAUUUUGUGGAAUUCUUUCCGUGUUAUUGUUUUUAAAAAAAUUUCAUUUUGAUAUAAGAAAACCUUGAACAUGUCAAAUAACAUUGUUAUUGGUGUUAAGUUGUCCUUUUAAGAUAAUAUUUAAUUUACCUUUUUGAUAGGUGCUGGUAUAAUCUUCUGUAAAAUUGUGUGAAAAGUCUACGUACAAAACAGCUGCUGUUAUUUUGUUCUGUCUUCUGUUAUGGAUUUAACAUUUUUUUGUAUUACAGUGGUAUUAACCAAAACAAAUAUAUCAUACAUACUGCAUUAAUUACUAUGUCAGAAAGUUGGAGGAGUUACUGUGAUAAGUUUUUUUUUUUGUGCAAGACAGUCUUGCUUUGUAAACGUCCCAAGUUUACUAUCAGCUUUGGUUGUGUAAACACGCCCAGUGGACGUAGCACCACAGAUCAUGUCAUUGGUGGCAACAACGCAUUAUAACCAGCGCGGGAGGAGUAUUCAUAUUGUGCUGCUUCCUAUUUAUUGUUCCACAUUUUUUGGGAACGUGUGUGGCAUCGGAAGAAUUUUCCUUACACAUCAAAUUAAAAAAAAGUAAUAAAAUCGGCUUUAAAAAAAUUGUUUAUCUUUUAUUGAUUUACCUUUUUCCAUUGUACAGGAUUUAUAAAUUUUAAAAGUGAAGCUAUAAUAUUUUACAAAAAAAUGUCACUUUAACAAAUAUUAAUUGUUUCAAACUGUUUAACCCCUAUUUAACAAGAACAGGUAUACACAUAAUAAAUGAUGAACUGCAGUAAUUUAAGUUUUUUUUUAACAGGCAUGUUUAUUCAAUUUCAGAAAAUAUGUUAUCUUUUGCAAGCUGUCUGUUUGUUUUCUCAUCUCAUCCAAAGUACUUGCACAUGAUGUUAUUCAUUCAUUUACUUGAACAUGCAUGCUUGUUAAAAUUGGCUUUGUUACUACCGCAUUUAUCUGUGUAUGGAUUAGAGGGACCCUGAAAAAUGGUAAAUAAAAACUACUAAUAGCAGUGCAAAAAAACUAGUGAAAGCGGUGUAAAAAACCUGGUAAGAGCUGUAUAAAAAGUCAAAAUUUUUAAUAAAGCUGUAAAUAAAAUUUGUUUCACUUAACACGUAGUACAUUUAUGGGGAGAAAAAAAAAAGAAUACAGGAAAAGUGAAAAUAACUUAACUGUAAAAUUUUAACUUUCAUUAUGAGAUAAUAUUGAAAACAUCUUGCUAUUUUAAACACUUGAACAUUUACACAUUUAAAAUUGUAAUAUUAAUAUAAACCCUUGUUGGGAAGUUAGAAUAAAAUGUCUACAAGAACUGGGGUUGCACUUACGCAAGGAUUACACAUUUUAUGCUGAUUUUCGCAACACUGAUACCAUUUUUUUCAUUUUGAGUAAAAAAAAAAUUAACAUUGCACUGUGCUGUUGAAUAUGUGCGUAAAUAACAAGCCUGUGUUGAUUUUUAAUAAAUAUGUUACGAGUAAGUAUAAACAGUUUAAUUGAAAUAUCUUAGCAGCGUGUGUAAAAUAUCAUGAACUGUGUCAUCAAGCUGUGUUUGCCGCCCAACAGUCGCCGUCGCAGUGCUGCCUACCGCUGGGCUAAAAAUAAACCAUCCAGAGAGAGAGAAAGAGGGGUUGUUUUGCCAUGCAGCAGCGUUUAUGGUUCUUUAACUGGGACCGUAUUGACAGGCUUUUGUGAUGCAACUGUAUCCAAACAUUUUUUUUUGGUGUGAGUUUCACCACACUUUCUAGUGCAACAUUCCAUGACAAACUGCUGUAAAGGAUGUGCUUGUUUUUAUAGAAGGAACUGACAAAAAAUAUUGAGCAGUGUGUUGUCUUUUUUUCUCUUGGAAAAGAAGACUGAUAAAAAUAGUGCAAUAGAUGGGAAGGGAAAAACUAGUACAAUAAAUAGUAUUCUUGGGCCAUAAAGGAUGUAAAAGGGUGGAGAUGAAGAACCUGGUGCCGUGUUUCUUAUGGAAUAAGCUGAGACACAGACCAUAGAUAUUUAACUUAAUUGGAGACAGUUCUGCAGGUAAGUACGGUGUUUUCUGUGAACAUCCUUUACAGAGAGACACUUCUUGGUUAGGCGCAGAUGACUAGAUUGAAUCGUGAUCCUGGUUUUACUCUUCACUUUGUUCAGCUCUUGCUGUGUCUUAAAUUGGAAGGAGGAAA